AUGCAGGUCCACGAGCAGUACCGCCUGUACACCGGCAACGACCACUACACCCUCGUCGCCCAGUCGCCCCAACACCCGCAGACGUUGACCGUCACCCGGGCCACCGGCCACCUCUCGCUCAAGGCUGGCGCACACCCGCCCGCACGCUGCGACAGCGACCUCGUGUGCUACGGCCUCUUCGGCCUCAUCUCGCUCGUCCACUCGGACUACCUCGUCGUCAUCACAAAGCGCACCAAGGUCGCCACCGUCCUCGACACGCCCAUCUACACCGCGUCCGACUUUGGCGUCUACCCGCUCGAGCGCAAGUCGACCGCCGAGCUCCUCGAGCUUCCCGACGAGGCCUACCUCCUCGGACUCGUCAAGAGCCACCUGUACAGCGCCCCCUUCUACUUCUCGUACGGCGGUUACAACGUCACGACCCGCCUCCAGGAGCAACCCGACGCCCCGAGGUCCGACAAGCCCCUGUGGGAGACGGCCGACGACCGCUUCUUCUGGAACCGCUACCUCCAGCAGCGCCUCAUCGACGCCACCACCGGCCCAGGCGAGGACGACUACUCGCGCUUCAUCCUGCCCGUCCUCUUCGGCUUCCUCGAGUUCAAGCCGACGUCGAUCAACGGCCGCUCGUUCCUGUUCGGCCUCGUGUCGCGCCGCAACCGGUACCGCGCCGGGACGCGCUACUUCUCGCGCGGCAUCGACCAGAAGGGCAACGUGAGCAACUUUAACGAGACCGAGCAGCUCGUCUUGCUCGAUGCGCCGGGCGCGGCGGCGACGGCGGCGGCGGCGGGCAGGGGCGGCGAGGGCGUGCGGGGCGACGUCCGGUUCUCGUUCGUCCAGACGAGGGGCAGCGUGCCCGUCUACUGGGCCGAGAUCAACAACUUGCGGUACAAGCCUGACCUCAAGAUCCUCGACCUGUCGUCCACCGCCGAGUCGCUCUCGCGCCACUUUACGCAGCAGAUCUCGCUGUACGGCCCGCAGUACCUCGUCAACCUCGUCAACUCGCACGGGUACGAGCAACCGGUCAAGGAGGCGUACGAGCGCGCGCUCGACGCCAUGGCCAACCCGGACGUGCGCUACACGUACUUUGACUUCCACAAGGAGUGCAAGGGCCUCCGGUUCGACCGCGUCGGCGUCCUCAUCGACGGGCUGCACGACGAGCUCGUCGAGCAAGGGUACUACUACCACGACUCGACGGCGUCGGGCCCCGAGGCGCAGCGCAAGCAGACGUCGGUCGUCCGCACCAACUGCAUGGACUGCCUCGACCGCACCAACGUCGUCCAGUCGGCGCUCGCCAAGUGGGUCCUCAACACCCAGCUGCGGCAGGUCGGGAUCCUCAGCGUCAAGGAGUCGGUCGAGGAGCACGCGACGUUCCUCAACCUGUUCCGCAACGUGUGGGCCGACAACGCCGACACGGUCAGCAGGGCCUACUCGGGCACCGGUGCGCUCAAGACCGACUAUACUCGCACGGGCAAGCGCUCGAAGGAGGGCGCGCUCCAGGACGGCAUCAACUCGGCGAUGCGCUACAUCAAGAACAACUUUCUCGACGGCCCGCGCCAGGACGCGUACGACCUCGUCACGGGCACGUGGGUCCCGCGCCGCGGCGAAAAGAUCCUCGGCGCCGACAAGCAGGCCAAGAAGGCGGCCGUGCGCGCUGCGCCCUGGGUCCUCGUCGGCGCGGUCAGUAUGCUCGCCGUCGCGACGUUCGCGAGCAACUUUGUCUCGGAGUACAUCGCGCCGCCGUCGCGGGUCGCGCUCCUCGCGUUCGUCAUGGGUGGCCUCUCUGCGCACUCGAUCGCGCAGAACGGCAUCGACUACGUCGCGCAGCCCCGGCUCGCGCGGGCGGCGCUCGACGAGGUGCUUGCGUACGAGGGCAAAGGGUUCGAGUCGGGGCGGCACGGGCGCGGGCGCGCGUCGGGCGUCAAGGCCAAGGCUGGGUCGGGCGGUGCGACGUCGGCCGGCAGCGGGGUCAAGAUGGUGAGCGUCGAGGACAAGGCCAAGCGGACGCAGGCGAGGAAGGAGAGCCACGUCUUGCCGAUGCUUGCGACGCCGGUUGCGACCAAGCAGGACUGAGCGCACGUCGUCGUUCCCUCGUUUGCUGUAGACACGCCCCGGCUUCUCUCGUGUGACUGUAUCACUGCUCGCUGUGUCGUGUGA